AUGCCAUCCUAUCUCAUCACCGGCGCCAGUCGAGGGCUCGGCUACGCCUGGCUCAAGCACCUCUCCUCCAACGCCCAAAACACAGUCAUCGGGCUGGUCCGCGAUGAAGCCACCACGCACAACCGUCGAUCAACAGAUCGGCUAGCCAACGUCCAUCAUGUCUGCGCCGACAUCACCGACCCCAGAGCGCUAGCAACCGCAGCCGAGCAGGUCCGCGACAUCACCGCCGGGAGCUUGGAUGUGCUGAUUAACAACGCCGCCAUCCUGACCGCCACCAGCGCCUUCAAACCGAUCACGGACCUGUCGCCCGAGGCUUUGGAGCGAGACAUCAUGCAUUCAUGCCGCACAAAUGUUGUAGGCGUGGCGCACACCGUCAACGCAUUCCUGCCGUUGAUUCGAAGGGGACGAGCCAAGAAAGUGAUCACCAUCUCGUCCCUGCUGGCGGACUCGAACCUCGUUAGACACUUCGCGCUGGACGUUGCGACGCCGUACGCGAUCUCCAAGUCGGCGGCCAACCUCCUCAUGGCCAAGUAUCAUGCAUCGCUCGGAGCGACGGAAGGAAUCCUGUUCAUGGCACUCAGCCCCGGCGCCGUUUCGAAGCCGGGCACGGCACCAACUGAGGUCGAAGCGGAGGGAAGACGGCGCAUGAUCGCCAAGUUUAAAGCGUACGCGCCGCAUUUCUCGGGCCCAAUAACGAUGGAGGAGAGUGUGCGCCGGCAGCUGGAGGUGAUCGAGAGCGCGGCCGUGGAAACCCAUGGGGGAGCCUUUGUCAGCCACUUAGGGAAUAAACAAUGGUUGUGA